AUGAGUCUUUCUGUCGAAGCUAUUAUCGCAAUCAUCGCACUAUUCGUCGCUUCAAUCCAGCCGUUAUGCACCGUUUGGACAUUCUUAUCAAGGAAGAAUUCCAAGCGAGAGACUCUACCGACAUAUACCAUCGGAAAUAGCCCAUUCCCGCAUAUUUCACAAGACCUAAGAUGGCAGCCUUGUAAUGGACGCAGUGUGACCUACUUAGAUGAUUCGACGGGACUAUACUACAAAGCGCGGAAGUGGGAGUGGGAAUACUACACAAAGCAUGCCAUAUGA